UGGCGGAGGACGAGGUCUUUUGAAAAGAAAAUGACGCGCCGAAUCGAGGUGUUUCAUCUAGAUUUCAAUCAAGACCAAGGUAAAGCCUUAAAGCAUCCAUUCGCAGAUUCCAAAUAAUACGAUAAACCUAUAAUCAAGAACAGCGAUUGAACUUUCGUGGGCCGGAAUGCUUGCAGUAGUCAUUUCACUUUUAAGAAAACCGAAAUUUUCUGGCCUUUACUCAAUUUUUCCAAAACGCUGACGAAAAAACAUUUAUCUAAAAAUAUCCCUCGUUUACUUUAUUUCUCUGUCAUUUGCGGUGAGAAUACAUGGAUUUGUCAAAUUAUUUAAACGUUCUUUUACAUGCACUUGUUUGGCGUGAGGUGUCUGUUAUUGACAAAAAAAAAUUAAUUCUCUACUAACGUUUACAGGUUGCUUUUCUUGUACAAUGGAGGAUGGUUUUAGAAUUUACAACGUGGAACCUCUUUCAGAAAAAGCCCGUGUUGGUGAGUCUAUUAUUAUUACAAUGGUUAUAAUACCUACUAUUUAAAGCAUAAACAUUCAAACAAAAUGAUAAUCCUCAAAGGGUCAAUCCCAUUGCAAAGGAUGGAAGGGAAAUAAAUUGAAGUUGCAAAACAUCAAAAUCCUUCUAAGCCAUACACCUUAAAACCAGCACGGACUCAUUGAAACAAAGUUGUCUACUCAAAGACCUUAAUUCAUUCAUUUUAUAUUCUGGGCCAGCAGCAAGACUACAACUGGAAGGGCCAAACAAAUUGGCCGACUCAAAGCUACAUGUAUCCUCUCACCGUACCCCCUUUUUCAAAAAGUACAUAACAAGUAGGGCUGCGUUUUUGCGGGAGAAUCCAAAAACGGAUUUGUGAUCUCAGAUCAUAUGGAUUCUUCACUACUAAGAAACGGAAGAUCUGAAAAAGGAUCAUUUACCAUGACAGCGGCAUGUCAUCAUGCUAAGUAAUAACCUUUAUUUUAAGAGGGUGACACCAAUUACUAUAAAAAGUAUUCUCCCUAGUGGUCCUCUAAGAACAAAAUUGAUAAUAAUAAACUACAACAAUCAUGAUAAAAAGCCUAUUUACAAAUAGUAAUUGCUCCUUGUGAUGAGACAAAGUUAUAGAGGAAAAAAACAACAAACUGAUCUUCACCGCAAAGACAAGAAGGAAAAGUGACAUAAACUAUGUAUGAAUAUACAAAAUGUACAUAUUUCAGUUUGAAACACAAACAUUUCUCGAAUUGAAUACACCUUACGAAAGUUAAAUAAUUUAUAAGAAUUUAAAACUGAAGCCGAUGAACUUUUUCUUUAAUCACUUGGAAAAUAAACCAGCUUAAGCAGACACUACAUAUACCAUAUACAAAAAACAUGACAAGUAAGGGUUUAAAAACAGUCAUGCUUUUUUGUUCGGAAAACUGCUUGUCAAAAAUACUCUUUUUCAAAUCGUUUUCCAAAAAAAAUGCUCAGAUUGUAAAUCUCAAAACUCUGGAUUUGGGUUUUCCCAAAAAAAAAUGCACCCUAGGUCAGGGGGCAUUAAGAUUCAUAUCAGAUAGAUUCUGAUAAAGUCAUGAUGCCACAGUGUCUUGUGUCAACUUUGGUUAAAAAGACUCCGUAUUGAAACUUAAGCAAAUAUUUAAAAAUAUAAUGAAAUUCCCCCAAGAUAUCUAUGCAAACAGACAACUAAUAAAACUGGAUAUGCCACUUGUUUAACAUGAAGAGAGUUUCAUUUCACAAUGGUGUGUAAAAAUCUAUCAAAAUCCAGAAGAAAUAAAGCUCUCUGCGAGAUGUUCAUUGGGCAUCAGAGAUUGGAGAAUUCUCUGUUUACUAUGCAGAAUUCUCCGGCUAACGUUCGAUAGCCUAGGACAAUUUUUAUUCAGAUGUGGGGACUCUUUCAAAAUAUUCUCCUGUAAUGUUACACCUGUCUCCCGCUACUAAAAUUCGUAAUGAAAACACUGUCUCUGCCCACCCAAACCUGCCAACAAAAUGGUAACGGUUCAGGAAGAAAACAAAAAUGCAGCAAAUUAAAAUGGUGGUUAAUGCAAAACUCAUGCAGUGAGCAGCAUGUAACUUAGUUGGCAGGGGAUACCUUUUAUAUGUGUCAGAUGACCAGUUCCAAAAUUCUCCAGGAAUUCCAUUCUGAGAGGCCCAAUUCACCCUUCUGUUCCCCCAAAAAAAGAGUGCCUCUGAUAUAUCUGCACCUGAGGAACACACACAAACAAUAAACUCUGAUGAAGUACCUGAAAAAACUGUUGUUUAGUGACCAGGGAAAGAAAACUGGCUAUGGAUAUAGUAACAUACGUGGGGGACAUGGGCGGGGCCAGAGUGAAAGCCCACAUGGUGAAGCAUCUUUAUGAGACACAAGGGCAAUUUGAGAGGGACACAGUCUAUAUUCUGCAUUCAUUCGUGCACUCAUUCAUGUUUAAAAUUCUUGUCACAGCCUACUCCAUCAAACAACCAUGUUUUGUCAGCCCUGUUAUUCACUUUAAGACGGAAACCAUCAGGAAAUUGAGUAAUUUCAAUUUUCAGUGUCUCUGGACAAAAACCUUGUACCAGAAUAAUUUAAACAAUAUCACAUUGCUCUUUACAUUUUUCAAGGGCUGUAGAUAUAAUAUUAUUAAUUACCUGUAAUAGCACCAUAGAUUAUUUCUCAUGGGAGCGCGAGAAAAUAAAUGUCAAAUUUCACAAGAAUUGUGAAAACAUAGGUAAAUGCUGAACAUUUCAUGUGUAAGAUUUCAUUUUGUGAAUUUGACAUUUAUUUUCUCGGGCUGUCAUAAGAAAUUUCCUUUGGUGUUAUUACAGAUAACUAAUAACAUUAUAGCCCUUGAAAAAUGUAAAAAAGAAUGCAAUAUUUUUUAAAUAAUUUUAUUCUGGUACAAGGUUUUUGUUCACUGAAAAUUAAAAUUACUCAAUUUCCUGAUGGAUUUUGUCUUAAACCUCUUAAUUAACCUAAGAGAGUGCAUACUUGUAAGCCUAAAUUUUUACCACCUAAUAUGUAACAAAUUUUUCCUAGCUAUAGAGUAGCUGUAAUUUGAUGGAGAAAGGUUCGACUUUGUAAUAAAAAAGCUUAACUAUUACAAAUGAUUGUCAAAUAAUGAAUGUAAUUUGCAGAUUUGAAUGAGCCAUUCCAGGCAUCCCAGACUCAUAUGUUACAUAGAUGUAACUUGAUAGCUAUUGUAGGGACGGGGCCAGGUGCUAAAUUUUUCAACGACAAAGGUAAUCUUAAUUUCUUUAUCUGAUUUAUUUGAUGACCAAUAUUGAUUGUUAAUUAAAUACUGCCCAAGGUACUCAGUAAGAAAGAAAUUACCGGUAUGAUUUAUUGAUGCAGUUAAAUUUUGUACGCUUUCUAGUUUAUAUCUGGGAUGAUGUGCAAAAAAAGCUGGUGAUUGAACUUACAUUUGGCUGCCCUGUUAUGAGUGUCAGGAUGAGAAGAGAAAAGUAUGUUGUUACAUGUAAAUGUACAUUGUAAAACAUCUUGUUAUUAUUUCAUAAUACGGUCAAACGUACCUCACUUUACAGACACCUCCUUAAUCCCGACAUCUCAUUAUUAUGGACAGUUUUCUUUAUAAUAAUAUUAUUAUUCCUGGGGGAAGACCAUUUUUCUCUAAAUUCAACCAGCUUAAUAUGGACAUCUGUUAAUGUGCACAACAGACAGUUGUUUCUUGCCCAAUCAACAGAUUAAAAUUCAGAGAAAGUCAACCUCCCUAAUGCAGACUAUUCAUUGGAUGUGUACUGUGAUAAGUUUACCUUUCCUUUUUGAACCUUCAGUUCACAGCAUGUCAAUGUUCCCUGAUCAGCACUACUGUACACCAGAUAGGACAAAUUUCAGACAUCAAUUUCAGACUAUUUUGGCAUUGAACAAGUUAUGCAGAGAUCAUUUUUUGAUGAAGUAAUGUAUAAAUCAGCAACUUCUGAGUGUUUUUGUGGACAUGGUUCGCAAAAUGAUGGCUUUGUAAAGGUUACAGAUGUUUAAUUUGAUGGUGCUAAUGUCCUGUUAUAUUUCUUUAAGAUUUGUUCAAAUAAAAGGUGUGUUUUUAGCUUAAAUUAAAAUAACAUGACCCACUUAACAUGGACACCCUGUUAAUACAGGACUGUAAUGAUAAAUAAACAUUUAAAAUUACAAAUAUUGAUACUUUUAAAGUAUCAAUUGAAUAAUAUUAUUAUACCAACGUUAGAAGUGCUGGAAACACAUGCAGGUCUUUUUUCUGUUGCUGCUUGAAUGUUAAACAUGCUUACACACUGUAUAGUAUUUUAAAUGUUUGUUAUCUUUGUGUUAUGAAAUAGGUUAUUUGUGGUGCUCAAGACAAGAAUCCAAGUGUUUUCAUUUCCAAAGGAUCCCAAACUUUUGUUUUACUUUGAUACAAAAGACAACCCGAAAGGUAAGACAGUUUUGUUAAUUUCAAGGCAACAAAGUACGUGUACUCUUGGGAUAGAUAUCUUGGUGGAAGGAAUCUAACAAUAUUGAAAUUUCAUUUUCAGGCUGUGAUUAUUAACUUGCCAUUUGUAAUAUGUUUAUUCAUACAAUUCAUCGCAAGGCACACAACCGCAACCUCGGUGAUAUCCUUGUGCGUACUUCUCACCGCAGCCAACUCAGUUUUCACGCUGGUACAUCUCCAUGCUGACACGCUCACUGUCACACUUGCCAGCAAGUUUCCAUCGACACCAGCGUUAGUGGCCCUCAAUGCUCUUUUGUCAUCAAGAAGGCAUUUUCUUGCCAAACGUCUGGUUUAGUCUAUUGCACCUCCUGUCACCAUUGCACUGUUACCAUUCCAACAUCAGUUGAAACAAGGUGUACACGAAGGCAACAUUUUGGCGAACACCUUUGAAGCAUAGAGAAGAACUUGCCUGGUUUCCCUGUUGCAGAUCAUUUUAACACAGCUGGUCUCUCAAUCCAUGAGGCUCUAAUCCACGGAAUUACAUGUAUCCUCUGCAGGGAAAACGCACAACAAAAGCACCUGGAGAUGCGCCUUAUUUUUCAGCUUGGCACCAAUCAUCCACGCGGCUUAAACUCUGACUUCCGUUUCCUCUAAGCUGCACGCUCACUGCAAAGUUGAUAUUUUCUCUUUCAUGGUGUAUGCAAACCUUGCAAUAUUUCCAUCAUACUUGUAACUCCACUGAUGAAGGGCCAGGCCCAAAACAUUUGGAAAGGAACUCAAACCAUUAAAUAGAUGCCCUGGGCAUUUAUUAGGUCAUCUACGUUAGUUGACUGACUCACUGAAAACAACUGAAUCCCAUCUUCCAUGUAGAAAAGUUGUUUGUGAUUGAGCUCAAGUAUCAAAACUUUGACAAAUUUACCUAUUUUGCCUUGCAGGCCUUUGCGAAGUGUGCCCAAGUACAGAAAGACCCUUAAUGGUUUUUCCAUCGCAGAAAUGUGGCAGUAUACAGCUUGUGGUAUGUACUUGAUAUCUUGCCUAGUAGUAAUCUUGCACAAGUUGCCAUAGCAGCUAUGAAGGGUCAUGUGACAAAGUCAUGAUAUGUUGUUACCUUUGAGAGUUAAUCAGAAUUUGCUUGUAUUUUAUUGUUUUUUUAAACUGGUAGUACCUGAGGGCUAGUAGGAAUCUCCCAGAUUUUGGCUAUGGCAAACUUAAAUGUGUGCUUGCUAUAAUUUGAUCUUACACAUGGCAGAUAAAAAUUAGCAUUUGAAACAUAUCUGGCAUACUACAAUGUGUGUGUAUUAAGUUUAUAGUUUGUUUGUAGCUUUGUUGACAUUUUCAAAACCCAGAUUUUCACAUGCGUUCUCAAUCUAGGACCUUACAAACAGACAGCCUGACACCUCCACAGCACCCUUCACUAUCAAUGCUCACCAAGGCGAGCUGGCAUGUCUGUCCAUUAAUCAACAGGGAACCCAGGUUGCUACGGCCUCUGAAAAGGUGAGAUCGUAUUAAUCUCAAUUUUUACCGUGAUUACUCCAUAAAUGCAGGCCAACGAGGGGAACUCUCUACUGAAAUUACUCGCCUGCAGCUCAUGGUUCCUCUUUAGUUUUGAACUUUUGGGUAUCAUUUCUCUGGUCUACAAGAGUGUAGGCUGUGGAAAAUUGUUUGCCAUUUUUAAAUCGCCCCGUUUUGCCAACUUUUAAAAAACUCCCUUCCCAUUCAAAUCAGCAGUGAAAGUCUCACCUUUUGUAUAGUUCCUCUUUAGUGUUGAACAUUUUGUUAACGUUUCUCUGGUUUACAAGAUUGUAGACUGUGGAAAAUUGUUUUCCAUUUGUUAAUGGCCCCAUUUUGCCAACUUUUAGAAAGGAACCCCUGUUUAGGUGGAGCGCUACCCCACUCUCUAAAGUACCCCAUCCAUUAGCUAAUAAGCCUCCUUUUGCAUUCUCACUGUCUUGUUUCUUUCCUUUCAUCUUCACCCCACCCCCCUCCCCCACCCCAUGCGAUCUUACUUCCUUAGAAUAGAAAAACCUACAAGUUGUAAUGAUACAUGAUACAACUUUGAAACUCCAAUUUUUUUGUUCUUUAUGAAGGGAACACUGAUCCGUGUAUUUGACACACAAACUAAGAACCUUCUUGUAGAGUUACGACGAGGAGCUGACCCCGCUACUUUAUAUUGGUGAGAAUUUUAACUUCACUCUUUUACUUUGAUUCUCGGCAUGGCUGUACAGUUGAAAUUAUCUUAUCUUUCCAUGGUAUCAGUAUCCAGAGAAGCUCAAAGAUCAGGCUGUGGAAGGCACGUGGGGGGGCCAUAGGGGCGCUUGGGUCCCUCGCGCGCCCUUUUUUAAUGCCCCCUUUUCGGUUUUCCACGAAAAUCCAACAUUCUGGCUAUUUUUUUCUUUUCAUCAUCAUCAUUACAAACUCUAUAGUUUUAUUUCCUCAAUCGUUUGUUUCAGGCAAAAAACGAUCCCGGUUUUAAUGCCCUUCUAGACCCUGUUAAGAUAUCUUGCGUUUUUGCAAUUUAGAAUCUCUGAAAGAUUUGCAAUUUAGAAUCACAAGCUUUCCUGGAACCUCACAGAACUAACAGCAAAUUUGUAUGGGUUUCUGUUGCAGCAUUAACUUCAGUCAUGAUUCAGCAUUUCUUUGUGUAUCCAGUGAUAAAGGAACGGUUCAUAUAUUCGCUUUGAAGAAUACUUCUUUGAACAAGAGAUCAAGGUAUUUUUUAACGGACGUAUAACGGUAAUGAAAUGUUUUGGACAUGUCUGUUUUCUACAAAUUUUUGAGAGCUUUGAUGGAUGGUACAUGUAUAUCAUGAGGAACCAAUCACAGAGAUGUUUUGAAGGCGGAGUCUUUCUAUUAAGAAAUUUCUCUUAUAAUCCGUUGAUAUCCUUUGCAUCGCUUCGCCUCCAAGACAGUUUGGAUUUUGAAGGGUUCAGUAUUAUAUACAGCUCAACAAAAUUUUAAUAAAAUUGUAGAACACGUGCCAAAAGCUGUCAAAAACUGUGUUAAGUGAAACUGGCAGCGUGUCAUCGCUCAAAGGUUGAAGAGUAUUAAAACCAUCUCUUGAUACUUUCAAAUCCAAGUCGCGUUGUGUCACUUUUCUUAAACGUUGUAUAACUUUGCUCACUUUAACUCCCAUAACUCCGUGGUUAGGGAAUGCAACCAGUACUAUCAUUACAGGGGCCUAGCCAGCUUUUCGACUUGUUUAGGCCGGAAUUAUUUUUCCACACAUCCUAAAAAAUGCUUGUUUUAAUUGUAUUGAUUGCACUAUGACAUACUGAGAGCUCUUAAGCUUUUUAGCUCACCCCAACAACGCAUUAUUUAUUACAAGUGGUAGAGUGAUCAGCAGAAAUUUGUAGGCCCGGUCUAUGGCCUGGCUAAGCCCAUGCAUCAUCAUUAUCAUCAUCAUCAUCAUCCUCAUCCUCCUCCUCAUCAUCAUCAUCAUCGCCAUUAUCAUUAUCAUUAUCUUUUCACUAGUCAUUAUCAUUAUUAGAGAGUAGUUCUGUUCUUAAUAGUUCGUUCACUUACUGUUCAUAGCCUUGCAAAGAUGGGAUUCUUAGGACAGUAUGUUGAAUCUCAAUGGGGUUUAGCUAACUUCACUGUCCCAGCAGAACAGCCCUGUAUUUGUGCUUUUGGAUCCGGCAGCUCUGUUGUUGGUGAGUACAUUUGGUUAGCUACGGAAAGAAACGGUGCAUUAAGCAGUUAAUGUUAAGCCUCAUAGAAAACAGAGAGUUUUGAGAGAGUAGUAAAAACCCAGCCUUCCCUUAGGGACAUGGUUAGUGACAUUGUUUUUGCUUCGGGUCAAAGCGGUUGAGUUCUUUGUUCACAUGGCACGUGACACCUGGUUUCUGUUUUUCGUCCAAUUCGGAAAGAGGUUAUCCAAUAGGUUUUCGGGGUCCGGGAUCAAGGGUUUUGCCCUAUUUCAUGCACGGGGGCCGGCUGAUUUAGCAAUUCGGCAUUGACGAAAGCAAAAAAUAAGAACUGAAAUUUGAGCGGGGAUUUAGUCCUUUCCGCGCGCUUGACGUCACGGUUCCCGUUCUGUUGCGAAAUCAGCCUACUGAAAACGGGAAUGCGGCCUUGAGUGACAAUUUGGGUCGGAUGACGGGAUUGAAGAACCUCAUUAGGGACCGACGGAAAACACGCCUGAGUUGGGAGGUAAAACACGACUAGGGAAUAAGAGCGCAAACACAAGUUGGAGCAAAGAACUACCUAGCGUCAAGAAAACUUCUUUUGUUACCUUAGUUGUGAGAAAUAAUUGAGGACGAUAAUAAUAAUAAUUGAUGAUUAUUAAUCACGUUAAGUCGUUCUGCCUUUUUUGAACCGAUCAUUCUUUUUUUGAUUCAGUGGCAGGCUGUAACCAUUCAAUCGAUACUUGCAGAAGUUUUCAACUUGGAUUAUGUAAAACUAAACCAAUCUGUUUGGUCAGGCCUCUUUUGUUUUGUUUUAGUUUUUGUUUUGUUUUUUUGUUUUUUUUGCAGCCGUGUGCGUUGAUGGUACUUAUCACAAGUAUGUCUUCACGCCCGACGGUAACUGUAACCGUGAAAGAUACGAUGUGUUCCUGGAGCUGGGAGAUGACAAUGAAUUCUGAUGCAAAAAAAACCCUUUUCUCAAACAGCAAACAGCAUACUCCUUAAAUCUAACUUAUUCAAUAUGGCCGCCGUAUCGGUAAAAAGGUCUGUUCUGUCUCAAAGUACGAAACCUCAGAUAGCUCUAGCAAUCAAUUUUCUAUGUACAUCGUUCCUGACUGGAAGGUUUGAAACAUUUUCAACUUAAGGGUGUGCGAUCCAAGAUUCAGGUCAUAAUCCAUUAGACCUUUUAGGGAGUUUCAGCCUUUCGUACCAGCUUAAGCUUCUUAAUAUCUCUUCCCCGGGUUGGGGACUCCCAUCUGAAAGGGACCGGGAUGCUCGUCGGAAAUUUUGAAUUAAACCCCUGAAGGAGACCAAUCUAGGCGUGGCCCAACCUUUUUUUUGACCCCUAAAAGCGAUCAUUUUAAAAUCGAGUAAAUAAAACGAAUUGAAAAUACAUAAUUUUUUAAAAUUUCUUCGAGUGCAACCCUAAAAGAGACCUUUACGGCUAAAUAUAAUGGCGUUUUGCCCAGAACACCC